UCCCGCUCCCUCCGCGGCUCAUGGCGACGACUCUCGGCACAUCCGGGACCCUCCGGCCGUGGCGGCCGCGGCGCCGGCUGCUCGGGCCCCAGCCCCGGCCGCUGUGGUGACUCCGCCGCGCCUCGCUGUCGCCCCCGUCCCCGUCCCGCCCGCCGCCCCCGCCGCCGGGGACAUGUCUAACCCCGGAGGCCGGAGGAAUGGGCCCGUCAAGCUGCGCCUGACAGGACUUCCUGAUCCAUUUGCUAAGGUGGUGGUUGAUGGAUCUGGGCAAUGCCAUUCUACAGAUACUGUGAAGAAUACGCUUGAUCCAAAGUGGAAUCAGCAUUAUGACCUGUAUAUUGGAAAGUCUGAUUCAGUUACGAUCAGUGUAUGGAAUCACAAGAAGAUCCAUAAGAAACAAGGUGCUGGAUUUCUCGGUUGUGUUCGUCUUCUUUCCAAUGCCAUCAACCGCCUCAAAGACACUGGUUAUCAGAGGUUGGAUUUAUGCAAACUUGGGCCAAAUGACAAUGAUACAGUUAGAGGACAGAUAGUAGUAAGUCUUCAGUCCAGAGACCGAAUAGGCACAGGAGGACAAGUUGUGGACUGCAGUCGUUUAUUUGAUAACGAUUUACCAGACGGCUGGGAAGAAAGGAGAACUGCCUCUGGAAGAAUCCAGUAUCUAAACCAUAUAACAAGAACUACGCAAUGGGAGCGCCCAACGCGACCGGCAUCCGAAUAUUCUAGCCCUGGCAGACCUCUUAGCUGCUUUGUUGAUGAGAACACUCCAAUUAGUGGAACAAAUGGUGCAACAUGUGGACAGUCUUCAGAUCCCAGGCUGGCAGAGAGGAGAGUCAGGUCACAACGACAUAGAAAUUACAUGAGCAGGACACAUUUACAUACUCCUCCAGACCUACCAGAAGGCUAUGAACAGAGGACAACGCAACAAGGCCAGGUGUAUUUCUUACAUACACAGACUGGUGUGAGCACAUGGCAUGAUCCAAGAGUGCCCAGGGAUCUUAGCAACAUCAAUUGUGAAGAGCUUGGUCCAUUGCCUCCUGGAUGGGAGAUCCGUAAUACGGCAACAGGCAGAGUUUAUUUCGUUGACCAUAACAACAGAACAACACAAUUUACAGAUCCUCGGCUCUCUGCUAACUUGCAUUUAGUUUUAAAUCGGCAGAACCAACUGAAAGACCAACAGCAACAGCAAGUGGUAUCGUUAUGUCCUGAUGACACAGAAUGUUUGACAGUCCCAAGGUACAAGCGAGACCUGGUUCAGAAACUAAAAAUUUUGCGGCAAGAACUUUCCCAACAACAGCCUCAAGCAGGUCACUGCCGCAUUGAGGUUUCCAGGGAAGAGAUUUUUGAGGAAUCAUAUCGACAGGUCAUGAAAAUGAGACCAAAAGAUCUCUGGAAGCGAUUAAUGAUAAAAUUUCGUGGAGAAGAAGGCCUUGACUAUGGAGGGGUUGCCAGGGAAUGGUUGUAUCUCUUGUCACAUGAAAUGUUGAAUCCAUACUACGGCCUCUUCCAAUAUUCAAGAGAUGAUAUUUAUACAUUGCAGAUCAAUCCUGAUUCUGCAGUUAAUCCGGAACAUUUAUCCUAUUUCCACUUUGUUGGACGAAUAAUGGGAAUGGCUGUGUUUCAUGGACAUUAUAUUGAUGGUGGUUUCACAUUGCCUUUUUAUAAGCAAUUGCUUGGGAAGUCAAUUACUUUGGAUGACAUGGAGUUAGUAGAUCCGGAUCUUCAUAACAGUUUAGUGUGGAUACUUGAGAAUGAUAUUACAGGUGUUUUGGACCAUACCUUCUGUGUUGAACAUAAUGCAUACGGUGAAAUUAUUCAGCAUGAACUUAAACCAAAUGGCAAGAGUAUCCCUGUUAAUGAAGAAAAUAAAAAAGAAUAUGUCAGGCUCUAUGUGAACUGGAGAUUUUUACGAGGCAUUGAGGCUCAAUUCCUGGCUCUGCAGAAAGGAUUUAAUGAAGUAAUUCCACAACAUCUGCUGAAGACAUUUGAUGAGAAGGAGUUAGAGCUCAUUAUUUGUGGACUUGGAAAGAUAGAUGUUAAUGACUGGAAGGUAAACACCCGGUUAAAACACUGUACACCAGACAGCAACAUUGUCAAAUGGUUCUGGAAAGCUGUGGAGUUUUUUGAUGAAGAGCGACGAGCAAGAUUGCUUCAGUUUGUGACAGGAUCCUCUCGAGUGCCUCUGCAGGGCUUCAAAGCACUGCAAGGUGCUGCAGGCCCGAGGCUCUUUACCAUACACCAGAUUGAUGCCUGCACUAACAACCUGCCGAAAGCCCACACUUGCUUCAAUCGAAUAGACAUUCCGCCCUAUGAAAGCUAUGAAAAGCUAUAUGAAAAGCUGCUAACAGCCAUUGAAGAAACAUGUGGAUUUGCUGUGGAAUGACGAGCUUCAAGGAUUUACCCAGGACUCUAUUUAUACAACCCUGACUGACAGCCUCCUUUCAGCAGAGUUUCAAAGAAUAUGCUGAAAUAUAGGAAAACACCCCCCCCUUUUUUUUUUUUUUUUUUUUCACAUUUUAGGACACUGUGAGGGGAAAGGACAAUUUUGAAAUUCCUUUUCAAGGAAAAAAAAGGUCUUUAUGCUUUGCCAUGAGGCCACAUUCAGCUGCUAUUUAAACUUAAUAUCUUGAACCUAAAGAAUGCUGACUUUUCCUACAUUUCCAGAGUUAGGCAGUAUUCUACACUUAAAGACUACUACUAUUUUUAUAAAAGGUAAUCUAUUCAAAUUGCUUAACAGAUUUCAAGUCUCUCAAACAUCAAGACAACUUCAGCAGUCGGUACAAGUCACAUUUCAUUUUGAUUGAAUACAUGAUCUUGAACAGCUCCUGUACUUGCUCUUUGUAAAAAAAUAAAAUUAUUUUGAAUUAUUCUACCUUUGUAAACAAUUGGCUAAAAGAAUCAUCUUUAAGAAAUUAAGCCAUUUACAUGUUUGUGUUUUUCUAUAGCAGAGCAUUAUAUUUUGCAUUAUAUGUUUCAACCUAGUCUAAGUGGGUCUUUUUUACAUUUUUCAAGAACGGAUUUCCUGGAAUACAGCUAUAUAAUUUUGGUUGUCAAAUUCCUAAUGCAUCCAUUUAGUCUAAACUUAGUCAUUUAUUUGUGACAAUAAGAUGUGUUCAGGGGCUCCCUGUUUUUAAGAGACUCUUUAAAAAAAAAAAAAACCUAAUGUUUUUAUCUUGAGUCAAUAUGAUUAGGUAUUUUGGAUUUACUUUUAAUCUUAAAAUACUGCAUUUUUAUAGCUUCUCAGAGCAUGUGGAUGGGAUGGGAUUUUCGUUAUUUUGCUGGGUCAGCUUAUCUUUAAUAUAUGGACUAUUCCUAUAAACCAAAGUCUCUGACAAGUGCACCUAGUUUAUAUUGUAUUUAACUACAAUGUAAGUUUCCAUUAACAAAACCAUCCUAAAGCAUUAACUGCUCAUAAUUUUAAUUGACUAAAAUUAUGAAAAAGGAAGAAUUUUGCUCUAAAGAUUAUUAAUAAGCUUAGAAAAUCCUGCUUUUACCUAACAGAAUGAAGUGGGGUUGAGAGGCGGUAGUAUGGACAGUGAUUCUAAGUCUGUGGCAUAAAUUACUUUGAAGAGUUCAUUUUGGCAGUAAGGGAAUCCCACUUCCCUUGGUGUUGAAGAUCAGCAUCUGAUUUUGAAACGUCCAGAUUUAGCUUUCAAGGUGUGUGGCAUGUUGAAUGAUCCAGAAGCAACGAAAACUCUGGGGUGAGGGAUUGAAAAAAUCUGAAAUCACAGUUGGAUUUUUAAAUUCAACCAUCAAAAAUACGCACUAUCAGGUUUUUUUACAUUGAUGUGAAAGAAGCAAAUUUUCAUGAGAUAAUUAAGCUGCAAAAUUUAAAGUUAUCAAGUAAAUAGGUCCUCUGUGUUCUGUUUCAUGUGAUGGAGUGGGUUUCAGUCUGUGUUCCUGGAGCCAAAGGGUUCCUCAGGGGUGCCUUAGGAGUAAUGGUUUAAGAGAAGAGGGGCAAUGAGAGGGAGCGAGGGGGAGGGCCUAGUUGGUAUUUGAGCAGGGGCCUUCGGCUCCAUAUCCCUACCCCCUUUACCCAGAACAGCCCAUUUUUCUUAUGUAUAUUGGAAUUUCAAGUAAGCUUUCAUGGGGUGCAGCGGGGCGGGGAGGAAUGGAUGGGAUAAAAGAAGUGGAGAUUUUGCUGCUUUAAAAAAGUUGAGAACUACUUGUGUAGUUUUUAAGUAUUUUAAUGUAUUUCAUUUGGCCAAAUUCAACUGCCACAAGCAAGCUAGUCAUAGGUGUAACUGUGCAGUGGUAAUAUGCUUAUGCCUACCUUUUUCCUCUCAAACAAUUUGUUUUUUUACAUUGCAUUCUGAGUACUGAAGAGCAUCUUGAAAUGUAUGGAAGUGGUUUCUACGCUAUUUGAUAAUCAGUAAUGUUCAGCUGUCAUGAUAGUACUUUAUUGGUUGCAGACCCAUCUCUUUUAUAUUAAAGCACUAGUGCAGUUUGUAAUUGUGCCUACUUUUAAAAUCUUUCAGUAAAAAAUAAGUACAUAAUGAAUAUAGAAAUCAUAACUGACAGGGAUGCAGUAAUAAUGAAAUGCUACUAUCACUUAUUUUAAUAUACAAUAUAAAGCAAGCAAAUACCAUUGCUUUUUGAGUGCCUUUUUAACUUUAUACUAAUGACUUAAUAGAGCUUUAAAAGAAAGAAACUGGCUGGGCAUGGUGGCUCACGCCUGUAAUCCCAGCACUUUGGGAGGCCAAGGUGGGCGGAUCACCUGAGGUCAGGAGUUCGAGACCAGCCUGGCCAACAUGGCGAAACCCUAUCUCUACUAAAAAUACAAAAUUAGCCGGGCAUGGUGGCACACUCCUGUAAUCCCAACUACUUGGGAGGCUGAGGCAGGAGAAUUGCUUGAAUCUGGGAGGCAGAGAUUGCAGUGAGCCGAGAUCACACCACCACACUCCAGCCUGGGCGACAAGAGUGAGACUCCGUCCCCGCCCAAAAAAAAAAAAAAAAAAAAAAAGAAAUUA